UAGCUAGAAGUUUAGUAACUAAAGGAUAAGACUUACUAAACGGCUAAAUAUGUGUAAAUCAGUGUUCAGGGUACCAGGGUUGCAUGAGUAACUAGCUUUACGUCGAGCGUGUGCGAAGGUCGCUGCGUGCGUCGCUGGCAGCCAGCGCGGGCGCGUCGUCUUGUGACGUUCCUCAGUAGCGUCGCGCCUCUCUGAGGACAUGUUAGUACCAUGGAUUACCAAUGCGUGGUCGUGUAUACUGUCAUCAACAUCGCGCCGCCCCGGCCCGAACAAUCGCCGGACACUUCCAACGGCUGCUUGGAAUGGAUUAAAAAUAAAAUGAAAAGAGCAAUUGCUGCAGUUUACCUCCAGUCGCUGAAGCUGUCACCAAACAAUGGAGUCAUACUCGGACACUUGGCAUGCCUCUAUUACAAGGAAGGCUUAGUAGAUCUCGCUAUUGAAACCUACAGACAAGCAAUCGAAAUGGAACCCAAUUUUCCGGAUGCGUACUGUAACCUUGGCAAUGCACUCAAAGAAAAAGGCCAAGUAGAGGAAGCCGAAGAGUGUUACAACAUGGCACUGCGUUUAUGCCCAAACCAUGUUGAUACACUGAACAAUCUCGCAAAUGUAAGAAGGGAGCAAGGCAGAAUCGUAGAGGCUACAGAAUUGUAUAUAAAAGCUUUAGAGGAGUCUCCCAGUUUUGCGGCGUCGCAUAGCAAUUUGGCAUCGCUUUUACAACUGCAGGGCAAACAUGCAGAAGCUUUGGACCAUUAUAAAGAAGCGAUAUCGAUUCAACCCCAGUUCGCUGAUGCAUACAGCAACAUGGGAAAUACUCUGAGAGAAUUGCAAGACACCCGGGCAGCUUUAAGCUGCUUUAAAAAGGCUACAGAAAUAAAUCCGCUAUUGGCAGAUGCGCACUGUAAUCUAGCCAGCAUACAUAAAGAUUUGGGAAAUAUCAGUGACGCUAUCCAAUCAUACAAAACGGCAUUGAAAAUUAAACCAAACUUCCCAGAUGCCUUCUGUAAUUUAGCACAUUGUCUACAAAUGAUCUGUAAUUGGGAAAAUUAUGAAGACCGAAUGUACUUAAUUUAUUUAAUAGUUGAAGAUCAGGUAUCAGGUGGUAAAAACUUAUGCUCUGUACACCCACAUCAUUCGGUUCUAUACCCAUUGACAAAUAAAUCAAGAAAAGAAAUAGCAGCCCGGCAUGCCAAUUUGUACCUAGAAAGAGUUAGAAUGUUUGAUAGAACUUUAUUUCAAUUCCCAAAAAAAUUAUCAGGACGAUUACGAAUUGGCUACGUUAGCAGUGAUUUCGGUAAUCAUCCCACUUCUCACCUAAUGCAAUCCAUACCAGGCAUGCAUAAUCGAGCAGACGUGGAAGUAUUUUGUUAUGCUUUAAAUCCAGAUGAUGAAACCGCAUUUCGUAGGAAGAUAGUAAGAGAAUCGGAGCAUUUUGUUGAUUUAUCUCUCGUAAAAUGCAACAAUGAGGCUAGCGAAAUUAUUAACAGAGAUAAAAUUAAUAUAUUAGUCAACAUGAAUGGUUAUACCAAGGGAUCACGAAAUGAAAUAUUCGCAUUAAGGCCUGCUCCCAUACAAGUUAUGUGGCUGGGUUACCCUGGUACAAGUGGCGCUGAUUAUAUGGACUACUUCAUAACAGACGAGAUCUCAAGUCCAAUGUCGGCCUCAGAAGAUUUUAGUGAAAAGUUUGCUUACAUGCCCUAUACUUACUUUGUUGGUGAUCAUAGACAAAUGUUCCCUCAUUUGAAAAAGCGAUUUAACAUUAAAAUAAGAGGUGAAAAAAAUCGCAGCGAAAAUAUGGCUGUUAUAAAUGCAGCCCCGUUUAUUGAUAUGGAUGCUCUUUUUCGGGUGAAAAAAUAUGAUGAUAUUGUAUCUUUUGGAAUUUUAGAACCAAUUUAUGUAUCUUUUAAUGACAUUUACAUUCCGAGGAGUGAUUUGGAAGCAGCAAUAAAGCAAAGAAAAGAUCAGGUUUAUAUAAAUAAUGUGUUAGUGGACAAUGGCAAAUAUAUUUAUCAAUUCAACAAGACGAUGGGUUCAGGGGAAGAAGUUUAUGACAGUAUUAUAUUCACAUCAAGACAUCAAUAUGGUAUCCCAGAAAACGCAAUAGUUUAUUGCAAUUUCAACCAAUUAUAUAAAUUGGAUCCCAUACUAAUGACUGUUUGGGUGAACAUUUUAAAAAGGGUGCCAAAUAGUGUUCUUUGGCUUUUGUCUUUCCCUAGCGCCGGUAAACCAAAUUUACAGGAAUUUGUGCACAAAUGUGGUCUACCUUAUAAUAGAAUUAUAUUUUCGAAAAUAGCCUGUAAAGAGGAACACGUACGUAGAGGCCAACUGGUCGACGUUUGUUUGGAUACGCUUUUGUGUAACGGACAUACUACAGCUUUAGAUAUUUUGUGGACUGGCACACCCAUGGUAACCUUGCCAGGAGACACUCUAGCCUCAAGGGUCGCCGCAUCACUACUUAACACACUAAACUGUUCUGAGCUGGUAGCUAAAGAUUUGUUAAACUAUGAAGAAAUUGCAGUGCAGCUGGGAACUGAUCAUGAAUUCCGGAGAUACAUGCGAGCCAAAUUUUCCAGAGCCCGUUCGAGCAGCACACUUUUCGACUGUAAAUUCAAUGCCGAUGCGUUAGAAUAUCUAUAUGCUCAAAUGUGGGAGCGUUAUGCCAAUGAAAUGCAAGCCGACCAUAUAUCGGUGUACUAAGCGAAGAAGAGAAGAAACGAAGCUUAUGUGGGACUUUUAAAAGAACAAUGGCGAAAUUUUACUGUCUAAAAUAAAAGCAUAAAAAUAUCAAUUUUUGACCAUGCUAUCACCUUAUGGUAAAAGCCGGUUAAAAAAAAAUUAUAGCUUA